AUGAAAGGCUCAGCCGAAUAUAAUGAUCUAGAAGUUUGGGUGGAAUGUGAUGGUACAAGGCUAAACGAGUAUCAUCAAACGUUCGAAGCAAAGAGAGAUCAUCAGCCUCCUAUUUACAAGAGUUAUCUGGAAAUUGGUGAUUCAACAAAUUCCAAAUACACCUUUCACGUCAAAAACAAUUCGAUUACGAAAUGGCUUGAUUCUUUGUUGUCCAAUAUCGAAGUUGACAAUUACCUAUUAUGUACCGCCUAUCUACAUCCGGAAGAAGGGUACAAAGUAUCUCAAAGUCAGGUAUAUAGAUCUGAAGCUGAGAAGAAGGGAAAUGGAAAGGUAGUAGAACACGUGCAUUCUCAAUUGGUUGACGAUGAGGAGGAGGAUAGCCAGCGAAUCGUACUUCUCGACUCACACGAAGGGUUUUUGGGUAGGAUUACAAUCUUCAUAUUUAGGGGCUCCCUGAGUGAAUCUCAACCGAUGACGCAUCAAGAUGCGGAAUACGAAGACAGUGAAAGCGAGAUUUAUAAUGGUAUAACGAGCUUGAACGUGCUCGAUCCUUCAAAAGCUUGGGAAAAUUGGUGGGAAGAUGAUGUUGAUCCAUGGAUACGAUUCGUAUAUACUUACGGUACUCGAAAAGCUCUCAUAGCCAACAAAGUGGAUCUCCCUUCUCCCGAAAUCUCUCCUGCUGUCCGUCCGGAAGCUGAAAUAGACGAGAUACUCGUUCCUGACUCGACUCCGCCAUCACCCUUCGCUUUCACUUCAGAUCCCUUUGAAGAUAACUUGCUUACGCAAGGGCUAGAGGAACUUGGUAGUGCACUCCAAAGUUUAAUCGCUAAUAUGAAUCUAAAAGCUGGACCAAAUAUGAUGGUAGAUGAUCAGAUCUCCUCCGUUGCCCAGCCUACCGAAGAAAAAACCAGCGAUUUGUCAAAGGUUGAUCCUCUCCGACAUCAAAAGCAUACGUCUAAAAAUUCAAAGGAGCAGAAGAAUUCAAUUCGAGCUACGAGUGGUUGGUCAGACAAGGAUCAGAUCUCUGACAAUCGCUUACUGAAAAGUUCAAGAUGCAGCGUGAAUGCUGAAAAAGGUUCGGAAGUUGAUAACAGCCAAGCUGGUCCUUCAACCGCAAUCUCAUCCACUCGUUCUCCUUUUCAGAUCAGCAAGGGUAAGACGCGGCCCACUUUGACACAGUCAGUGGAUGAAGCCAGUCCACCAGCCUGGAUGGCUCAUCCCCAAGCCCAUGCUAAACCCCCGACUCAUAGGCAAGCGCUGGAUCGACCUCAAUCGAACUUAGAUCCUCCUAUCUCUUUACAAGCAGAAGUAAAUCGUCAAGAACAACUGUCAGGUCACUCGGAGUAUACCAAAUUGCUUGAAGCUAUCGAUAAUCCCUCUUCGACAAACUUGACUGAAAAGGAAAUUGAUUUAUUACUUCGAGCACUUACUGAUAAUCAAGAAUCAAUCACUGCCACUACCGGUCGUUCUCAUCGUUCGCCCGAAAGUACUGUAAUACCUCAUGGAAGUAAAGGUAAAGGGAAAGAGAAGAUCGAUGAGCGCGACUCUGACAAAAAUACUAAUACUAAUUAUUAUCCAUCAAACUCCGUGUCCGUAUCCGUAUCUGUACCAAGUUUCGAACGACCCCUUCCUGAUGUUUCAGCUAAAGAUUACGCCUACCAACCAUCUCCAACAAUUGAAGAGAACGAUAUCAACUCGUUAGAUUACUUGGCUAAAGAAGGUAUGAAUGAAGCUUUCCUACAAAACCUCUUUAACGCAGAUACUUCGCCGAGCCAAAGAAACAAUAUGCCCAAACUACCCAAAGCGAGAUGGGAAACUAUCCAAUCUUUCAACGCUAAACAGGAAGACGAAAGACAACGCAAAUUAUUUGAAGAUAAGGAAUCUAGGAAGAGGAUGCAAGAGUUAGCUAAGAGAAGGAGAUUGGAUGAUAGAGAUAUAAAGAGAAGAGAAGGGGAGAGGAGGAGAUGGCUGAAUUUAGGGAAACAUCACGAGCAAGAGAACCGCAAGACGCAAAAGAGUAGCAAUGAAUCGGUGAUAGGGAGGAAAUAUGUACCGGUAGGGCAAAGGAAGAGAAGUAGACAUGAGGAUGAGGAUGAGAUUGAAAGGCGAAUAGAGGAGAAAAAGAGAAGAUUGAGAGAAUUGGAUAGAUUGGAGAAGGUACGAAAGCCUGAAGGGAGAGGUAGAUGUAAAGAGGAAGCCAUCGAUCUGACUUUAUCUGAUUGA